GCGAGCCACAUACAGACAUAUGCAUUGACGUCAAGCUGUUAGCUUCCUAACGACAUGUUUAUUGUUCGAGCAGCACUAUGUCCUAGGCUUGUGUUUAGGUUCGACUAGUCCAAUAACCCUCAUAGUUAUCUGUUCCUAAUAUAUAAGUUACAAUUUACAGACAAGUAUUGCACGAGAAGGACAAAUCAGCUCCUGAGCAACUGUUAACGGAUAGUUAAACGCCGGCAGCAGCAAUUAAUGAUUGAUUUGUAUAAUUGAUCUUUUAUAAGGGCCGCACUGACAACCAGGGAAGUAUCUAUCUUAAAGGCACAACCCCAGUAUCUGUCACCAUCAUCACAAUAAUAGGCUAGCUGAUUACAUAAGCGUGUGACCAACUGUAAAGUUGAAGAUCAUCACUUAGGAGAGCCGCAUCAGCGGGAAACUACAACAAAGAUGGGAAACAGUGCGAUCAAAGCCCAUCUGGAAAACUCACAGAAGACUGGGAUCUUUCAGCUGACAGGGAAAGGUCUCCCUGAGUUCCCCGAGGAGCUCCAGAGGUUGACUGGAAACCUACGGACUGUAGAUCUGUCUUCCAACAAGAUUGAAGUGCUGCCUGCCGCCAUAGGAAAUUUCCUUCAGAUGAAGAGUCUGACUUUAAAUUGUAAUAAACUCACAAGUCUCCCAGAUGAAAUUGGGAAGCUUAAGAAACUAGAGACCCUCUUGCUGAAUGGGAACCAACUGACGCAGCUCCCUAGCGGUGUAGGGCAGUUGAAAGCGUUGCGCACCCUCAGCCUGUCUGGGAACAAGUUCCGGGAGUUUCCUGGCGGCCUCGGCUCCCUACGACACCUGGACGUCCUGGACCUGUCCAAGAACCACAUCCAGGCUGUGCCUGCUGAGGUAGCGGCCCUGCAGGCCAUCGAGAUCAAUCUCAACCAGAACCAGAUUUCAGUAGUGUCUGCGGAGGUGUCCACCUGCCAGAGGCUAAAGGUGCUGAGACUGGAGGAGAACUGUCUAGAGCUUGCCUCCAUCCCUGUGUCCAUCCUCACCAGCUCCCAGGUGUCUCUGCUCUCUGUGGAGGGCAACCUGUUCGAGGUGAAAAAUAUGCGGGACCUGGAAGGGUAUGAGAAGUACAUGGAGCGCUUCACUGCAACCAAGAAGAAGUUUGCCUGAAGAGUAGUGAGAGGGAGCAUCCCCCUGAGUCCAGCUUGUGCACUACACCCAAGCACCCUCCCUAGUGGUUGUCUUACUACAGUAUAUAUGGCUUCUGCACUACAGCAACAGGUUACAACAGAGCAAGAACCACAGUAGAAUGAGUACUGAUUGACAGCAUGCUAUGAUCUGUGUAUGACAGCAACAGGAUACCAUGGAUGGUUAUAGAGAACUAUGUGAACAGUGGACGAUAGACAGUGCAUUCACUUACGAUAUUCAUAGAAAUUGCAUCUUGAAUACUAAUUUAUGAACGAAAACCUAAGCGGGUUAUACUUAAAUAGUAUAGUGGGCCAAAAUGUCCCUCUACAUACAUUGGCUUUUAACUGCAUAUAAAUGAUCAAACAAUACAAUUGUUGUAGAAGUCAAACACCUCGGUUCAGUAUCAAGCAGUGUUUUGCCUGUCAGAUAGUAUUUGUGCCGUGACCAGCAAGCGAAUGAAAACUGUAGUACAGAAUGUCAGGCUUACCCUGUGGAUCUGGAAUGGGACGUCACAUUUUUUUUGUAGCUCUGGUCCAGAGUGUUUAUUUUCAGCUGAGGAAAGCUGUUUCAUCAGCAUGCCACACAUAAAACCCUGGACCAGAGCUAGAUUUUCUGGUACCGUGAAAGAAUGAAGAAAAGCACAGCCUAAAUGUAAACAAAUCUAUACUGAACAAAAAUAUAAAUGCAACAAUAUCAAUGAUUUUACUGAGUUAGUUCAUAUAAGGAAAUCAGUCAAUUUAAAUAAAUAAAUUAGGCCCUAAUCUAUGGAUUUGUCAUGAUUGGGCUGGGGCAUAGGCCCACUCACUUGGGAGCCAGACCCAGCCAAUCAAAAUGAGUUUUUCUCCUCAAAAGGGCUUUAUUAAAGACAGAAAUACUCCUCAGAUUCAUCAGCUGUCUGGGUAGCUGGUCUCAGACGAUCCCACAGGUGAAGAAGUCGGAUGUGGCGGCCCUGGGCUAGCGUGGUUACACAUGGUCUGCAGUUGUGAGGCUGGUUGGACGUACUGCCAAAUUCUUUAAAACGAUGUUGGGGGUAGCUUAUGGUAGAGAAAUUAACAUUAAAUUCACUGGCAACAGCUCUGGUAGACAUUCCUGCAGUCAGCAUGCUAAUUGCAUGCUCCCUCAACUUGAAGUCUAUGGCAUUGUGUUGUGUGUCAACUUACACAUUUUUAGAGUGGCCUUUUAUUGUCCCCAGCACAAGGUGCAUCUGUAAUGAUCAUGCUGUUUAAUCAGCUUCUUGAUAUACCACACCUGUCAGGUGGGUGGAUUAUCUUGGCAAAUGAAAAAUGCUCACUAACAGGAUGUAAACGAAUUUGUGCACAGAAUUUGAGAGAAAUAACCUUUUUAUGUGUAUGGAACAUUUCUGGGAACUAUUAUUUCAGCUCAUUAAAAUGGGACCAACACUUUACAUGUUGCGUUUAUAUUUUUGAUCGGAACAUUUGGCUCUUCACAAGCAUACUCUUAUUGCUUUUGAAUGCUCAGUAGUUAAAUUAUUUGGACUUGAUUUGUAUUCAUGUGUUAUUUCAGUUGGUCUGUUGAACACAUCCUUACUAUUUUAGUAAUUUAACUCUGUAAAUAAUUUGUAGACAUUUUAAGAAGUGUGUGGGAUUGUAUCAGAUAAAAUCCACAAAACAGGAUCACCUCCACUGUUCUAAAUUUGACCCUCAAAGAAGUGUUGAUGGAUCCUCUUCAUAUUAUUUUAUCGGGCAAGGCUCUAGUAACCUUUAUUACUAGAUUGAAGACAACCUCACAAAGAGGAUCAUUCAUAUCUAUUUUCUGAUCAGUGUUGCUGAUCAAGGGUGCACUUUCUGUGAAAGGAGGAGUUGCAUUAGGCUGUCAUUAACAAAUGUAAUUUAUCAGGUGUAUGUAAUUUAAUUGUAACAGAAUACUCUCCAUGAAUUGUGUCAAUAUACUAACACUGAUUUAUGUAGAAUUACUUAACUUUGUUUCAUUUGAAUGCUUUUAUUUAAUUUUCCUUAAAUAUGAUUCCAUUUUUUGCACAGCUUUGUGCAAGAGUGUACAGUAUUCAGACCAAUUCAUAUCAGGUUGCCACAACCUUAAUUUUGUGAAAGGAAAGUACACGCAGUAAUUUAAUAAACCCCGAUCUCAUCGCAAGUUCUCCUAAUAAAAAUAUAAUACAUACAAUU